AUGAGCCCCCCUGGGCUCCUCCUGGGCGUCCUGGGGCUGCUGGCUCUGGGGACCGGGGGGUCCCCGGGGACACCGGCGGCUCCGGGGGGGCUCCCCGAGGACGCGGCGCAGGAGCACGGCUACUACCUGCAGCAGCUCUUCGGGCAGUACGGGGCCAACGGGACGCUGCCCUUCGAGGGGCUGGCGCGGCUGCUGGGCAGCCUCGGGCUGGGCCGGGUGCAGGUGGUCCAGAUCCAGCACGAGGAGCUGGGCCACGGCCACGUCAGCCACCUGGACCUGCUCGAGGUGCAGGAGGACAAGCACCGGCACAGCCACCCGCUCUGGGAGCACGGCGGGGACGCGGCUCCCAGCGCCCCGACCACCGACGGACCCCACAGCCCCCCGCCCUCCCGGACGCCGAGCUGGGUGGAGCCGGUACCCGCCGAGCCCCCCGGGGCUGGGGGAGCCUCCCGGCAGUUCCAGCCCACCCUGAGCCUGCUGGGGAGGGUCCUGGGCUUGGAGCACUCCAGCGCCGACCACCCGCACGACGACUGCCUCAACGUGACGCAGCUGCUGGUGAAUUUCGGGCUGGACUCGGUGUCGCAGCUGACGCCCGAGCAGUUCACGCUCCUGUGCCCCGCGCUGCUCUACCAGAUCGACAGCCGCGUCUGCAUCCAGCACAGCGAUGAGGUGACGCUGCCUCCCCCGGGGGGGGCCCUGUGGCCAGCGCUGGGCUGGGGGCUCCUGGCCGUGGUGUCCGUGAGCCUCCCCUCCGCCCUGGCCGUGCUCCUGGUCCCGCUGUUGAGCCGCGGCUCCUUCCGCUCGCUCCUGGCCUUCCUGGUGGCCCUGGCCGUGGGGACACUCUGCGGGGACGCCCUGCUGCACCUCUGGCCCCACGCGCAGGGCAGGCACCAGGAGCCGCCGGGGGAGCCGGGCCCCGAGGUGCUGCAGGGGCUGGCGGUGCUGGGGGGCCUUUACCUGCUCUUCCUGCUGGAGCUGCUCCUGGGGAUGCUGCGGCGCCGGCGGGAGGCCACGGGACACCCCCACGGAGAGACCCCCGGCCUGGCCGCGGGGGUCCCGGCAUCGCCACGGGGAGGGACCGAGCUGCGACACCUGACGGCACCGGACCCGGAGCUGGAGCUGAGACGCCCCGAGCCCCGCCAGGGACCCUCUCACGGACACUCCCACGGACACUCCCACGGCCCCGCGCUGCCCCUCGGCUCCGGGGCCGCUGACAUUGUGUGGAUGGUGGUGCUGGGGGACGGCAUCCACAACCUGACGGACGGGCUGGCCAUCGGAGCCGCCUUCUCGCACAGCCUCUCCAGCGGGCUCAGCACGGCGCUGGCCGUGCUCUGCCACGAGCUGCCCCACGAGCUGGGUGACCUGGCGGUGCUGCUGCGGGCGGGCACAGCCCCGCGCUCCGUCCUGCUCCUCAACCUGCUCUCGGCCCUGCUCUCCUGCCUGGGGGUGGUCGCGGGGGCGGCCCUGGGGCAGAGCGGGACCCCCCUCGCCCCCUGGCUCCUCACCGCCACCGCCGGCAUCUUCCUCUACGUGGCCCUGGCCGACAUGCUCCCCGAGGCGCUGCGGGGCUCCGAGGGUCCCGGCGAGGGCACCUGGAGCCGCUUCCUCCUGCAGAACGCGGGGUUCCUGCUGGGCGCUGGCAUCAUGCUGGGCAUCGCCCUGGCCGAGGGGCACCUCCGCGCUUGGCUCCAGCCCUGAGGGGCUCGGUCCCGCUCGCCCCCGCCGCUGACCGGAGCCGGAGCGGGCGGCGGGACCCCCACCCCGCCCUCAGGACGGGAUUUUGCCCCCUCCUCAAGAAUCCCCCGGGGGGAUCGGCCGUGCCGGGAGCCUCAGGCUCAGCCCCGCGGGAGGGGACUCGGGGGGUCCCCUCGCUGCCCCGUGGCCUCUCCCGGGGUGGACACGCGGCUCCGGGGCUGGAUCCGAGCGUGUUCCCUCUCCUGACCCCCCCCGCGAGGAGCCGAGGAAGGACCAGAGCUCUUAGAAGCGAGAAUUGA